AUGUUCAAAAAUUUGAAAGAAAAACUAGCAAAUCAAGCUGCUAAAACAAAUCUAAACUUUAUUCCGGGCAUUUCAUCGCCUGAUUCAGCAUCUAUAUCAAGAGAUUCCGAUACACGAACAUCGUCAAUUACGAGUCGUGACGAUAAUCAUGAAAAUAAUCGUACUCGAUUAGAUUCAGCUGCAAGUGAUAUCAGCCAAUUUAGUGUUGGUCAUAAUCCUAAUGCAAGUUUAAAUUAUGAAUCACCUCCACGUACUUAUUAUCCGCCGUCGGAUAUUGAAUCUGAGUAUGGUGGUGGUGGUGGUGAUGAUAGCGAUCAUGAAAGUCAUGCAAAAAUGAUACAAAUGAAAAAAUUACUUGCUAUUUAUAAAAAUAAAUUCAACCAAUUAAAAAAUGCUUAUGAUGAAGUUGAACGAGAAAAAGACCAUAUUAAAAACAUUUUACAACAACAUCAAGAUACAUCAAUAAAACGACUUUCAGAAUUACGUGAACAGACUAAGCUCGAUCGACAAGCUAAAGAACAACUUGAAUGUUUACAUCAAAAAGAAAUACGCAAGCGAGAAAAUAGAAUCGAAGAACUUACAUUAAAACUUAAUGCACAGCAAGAUCUCAUUCAAUUACCGCAUGAUGCAGAUCAACAAGAAAUUCAAAAACUCCUCGAGAAGAACUCCAAGCUUGAAUCAUUGCUCAGUCGAUGCAAUGAAGUGAUGAAAACCAAUGAAGCCAAGCGAAAUGAAAUAGAAAAACAACGUGAUGAUCUUAUUCAACAAUUAAACGAAAAACAAAACGUAAUUGAAUCCAUGAUGAAAGCACCUUCAAAGGGAGAAGAUCAUUUCAGUUUGAAACAUUUUGUAAGAAACAUUAUGGUGAGUGGGUUCAAUAAUGCAAUAAACUAUUGGGAAAGUGUAGAGGGUUCUAACAGUUUUGGAGGAGUAGCUAUUCUACUACAUCAGUCAAUAUCCAGUAAAAUUAUAGAAAAACAAGAAAAUUUCUUAAUGUUAGAAAUAGAAACAGAAAAUGAAAAAAUUCUACUCGGAGGAAUAUAUGUGCCACCAAAAAGUAAAACACCUUUUGAAUUAUUUGAGAAGCACGUGGGGAAAAAUUUCUUUAUUUUCGGUGAUUAUAACGCAAAACAUGUUCAAUGGAAUUGUAGUAAUAAUAAUACAAGCGGAAAUGAGAUAAAGGAAUGGAUGGAUCAGAAUGGAUGUGAAAUGACUCACCCACUAUCUACAACUUCAAAAAGGUCUGAGGCCAUCAUAGAUUUUAUGAUUGCUCAAGAUAUAACAGGAUGGAACUGUGAAGUUUUAGAAGUGGGCACGUCUGACCACUACCCAAUCAUUUACACUUCACCCUUUUCUGUCAAUAAAAAUUCAUCUUUUCGAAAAACCAACUGGUCAAUAUUCUCAUUUCUCUUAAAAUGUCUAUUUAAGUAUUUCAAUUGUCUAGUUUACAACAUCGAUCAUGAUGCGUUUUUCGAACUAUUUUCAAAUUUCUUAUCAGGUUUAUGGGACAGAUGUAGUAUUUAUGAAAGCGUGGAAAAAUAUCGGCCUCCGUGGCCACAACAUCUUAUUCUAUUAGCAAAGACAGUAAAUAAACAUAAAAGAAAAUAUCGAAAAACACAUUAUGUACGACAUUACGAGGAAUGGGCAUAUUGGUAUGAUGUAUACCAAAAAGAAAAAAUUAACUAUGAAGAGAAAAAGAGAAAUAAAAAACUACUUUUCUUGAGAGAGAAUAAUAAUAUUUGGAAGGUAGCGCGUCCAAUUUUUAAAAAAUACACACCACCGUUUCGAGGAUUAAAAACGCCACAAGGUAUUGAGAGGGACCAUCAAAAAAUUUGCGAUAAUCUGGCCGACUACUAUGAAAAGCAUUUUUCUGAGUCUAUAUAUAAUAUAAAUAAUGCGCAUCAUACAAAAUGUCGAGAAGCAUAUACACAAAUUUCGUAUACUCCGAAUAUCCCCCUUCAAAAAAUAAAAAUAGAAGAUGUUAUAAAACAAUGGAAAAAGUUUAAACCGAAAAAAUCAAUGGAUAGUGUAAAUACAUCCGCCUUUCUUUUAAAAAAUCUUCCAACUGAAUACUUUCAAGUUAUAACAGUACUUUUUAACAAGUGCGCUGAAAAUGGGACAUUUUUUGAGAGAGCUAAACAUGCGAGGGGAGUAUGUUUGUCCAAAGAUGGAGUUUAUCCAACGGAGGACAGACUUCGGUCUAUUUCACUGCUGCCGAACAUAGGUAAAUGGUUCGAGAAAAUCAUAGCAGAAAGAGUAGAAAACUGGUGCCUCGAUAAUGGAUUAAAUCUUGAUGAACAAUCAGGCUUUACCGCUAAUCGCAGGCUACAAACUCGAAUACUAUCUCUGAUUGAAGAUAUACGACUAACAGUGGCGGCACCAAACCGUCCAGUGUUAGCAAUCUUCAUUGAUUUCCUUACGGCAUUUGACCGUCUAUGGUAUCCAGCACUCUUCAAAACUUUUAAUGAUCUCGACAUGCCUCUGGAUUUACGUCGAUGGAUCUAUGGUUGGUUGCAAAACCGAUCGAUGACAAUCAGUCACGGAGAUGCGGAAUCCAGGGUUAUCGGAAUUUUUCUAGGUGCACCACAGGGAUCUGUGCUUGCAGCUUUAUUAUUUAGAAUCCACAUACACUUUUUGCCUGGGUAUUUCACUCAGAUUGUGUCUCAUUUAUUCGCGGAUGAUUUAACUAUAGUUAUUAAAGGAGCACUUGAAAGGAGGUUAUCGGAUAAUAUAAAAUAUCUAGAAAAACAGGCAAAAGAGAUUUUAAAAUCACUUGAAAAAUUUGCCGAUGACUAUAUUUUGCCUGUGAACGUCUCGAAGACAAAGGCCAUGGAUCGCCAUUCUGACGAUAUUUCAACAGCAUCAUUAGAAGUUCAAGAACACUUCGAUUCCGAUAUAAGUGUUUUACUACAAGAUAAACAACAUUUACAAGAAAAAUUAGAAGCAGCCCAUCUUUGUGUUCGACAACUGGAAAAUGAACUUGAUUCAACAAAACAAAAACUGAAAGAUGCCGACGAAGAGAUUAACGCAAAAUAUGAAAGUUUAUUAGUUAAAUUUAAUGAAAAAUCCGAUUAUAUGGAACAAUUAAUUAGUGAUAAAACAAAACUUGAAACAUCCAAUGAAGAACUUCAACAACAAAUUCAAACACUUCAACAAGAUGUUAAUCAACAUUCCGAUUUAAAUCUUAUUGUAUUAAAUCAACAAAUGAAUAUUGCAGACUUAACUGACGAAGUAAAUAAAUUACGAGAAACUAUAAAAAAUGUCGAUACUAUUCUUCCAUCAAGUCAAUCGACCGAUUUAUACGAAAAAAUUCAAGAAAUAAUUAACGAUCGACAAAAUCUCUCUCAAGAAAUUCUAAAUGAAAAGCAACAAAUUGAACAAUUUGAAAAUGAAAUUCAAAAGCUAAAAGAAAUUUUAUCAAAUGAAAAAGAGCAACAUUUUAAAAAUAUCGAUACUCUUAAACAUGAAUAUGAAGAACGAAUCAAUCAAUUGCAGAAGUCCACAGAUGAUGAAAUCAAUCAACUUAAAGUUUGUCUGGCAAAAAUACAGCAAGAUUACGAUGAAUCCACUACUAAUUGUACUCAAUUAAAAGAUACAAUAGAAAGUCAACGACAAGAACAUUUUGAACAAAUAGCAAAUCUGAACCAUGAAAAACAAAAUGAAUUUGAUACAAACAUUCGACAAUUACAAGAAGACAAUAAACAUCUAAAAUCUCAACUUGAAGAACUUGAAAAAUUAAAAGAUUCUUCCGUUCAAUCUUUACAAGAUGAACAUCGAAAAUCAUUUGAAAUCUUAGCAACACAAUUUGAUGACACAUAUAAAGAACGAUUAUCGAGUGUCGAAGAUGAACUGAAAACUACCAUUGCAAAACAAACUGAUCAAAUCAAUGAAUUAAACUUUCAAAUUGAUCGACUCGAAAAACUAUCCAAUGAACAAAAUGUUAAAUUAGAUCAAGCUGAAAGUGAAUAUAAAAAAAAGUCAAGUUAUAUUGAACAGCUUGAGAACGAUUUACGCAAUCUUCAAUUAUCACAAAAAGAAGAAUUUAAUAAUACAACGAAACAAUUACAAGAUAAUCUUCAACAACUCGAUGAACUACAAGCAAAAAAUAAUCAACUUGAACAAGAACUCAACAAUAAACAGAAUGAAUUCGACAAUCAUCAAGCCACAACUAAAGAAAUAAACAAAAAAAUAAAAAUUCGACUUACUGAAAAGGAAAAUGAAAUCACUCGUCUUAAUAAUAUCAUUGAUGAAAUUAAAACUACUAGCGAAUUCAGCACAGAACAACUUGAAGAUAAACAACAUAAAGUUACACAACUCAGCGCCACUAUAAAUCAACUGGAAGAAACGAAUCAAAAACUGAACAGUAAAUAUGAAAAGCUCUUGGAAGAUAAUCAGAAUGAAAUUAAUGCAUUAGAAGCGACUAACAAAGCAUCUAAUGACAAAAUUGAAGAAAAACAGAACGAAAUCGUGCAGCUCAAUUCUACUAUUGAAAAAAUGAAAGAAACCGACGAAUCAAUCACUGCAGAAUAUGAAAAUGUUAGCAAACAACUUAUAGAAAAACAAAACCAAAUAACUAUCCUCGCUGAUGAACUAACACAGAAGAAUUCAAAAUUGAUUGAAGAUCUUGAACGGAUUAAAAAGGAACUUGAAGAUAAGUCAAAUGAAGUUAUUCAUCUUACAAAUACCAUUAGUGAAUUACAAUCAAGAAAUACCGACAUUAACAACCUUCGAUCCACAACUACUGAAGAAUGCGAAACGUUAAAACUUCAACUUAGCGAAAAGGAGAACGAAAUCAUUCAUCUUAACCAUGUUAUCGAUGAAAUUAAAGCAGCAGACGAAAAUUUCAAAGCACAACUCGAUGAAAAACAAAACAAAAUUACUCAUCUCGCCACCGUCACUGAUGAGCUGACACAAAAAACUUCGAUUCUAGCCGACGAUCUUGAAAGCAUUAAAAAAGAAUUUGACGAUAAAUCAAAUGAAGUUAUUCAUCUUACCGAUACGAUCAGUGAAUUACAAUCAAAAAAUGCUGAAAUGAAUAAUCUUCAAUCCGCGGCUAAUGAAGAAUACGAAAAAUUAAAAAAUCAAUUUACCGAAAAAGAAAAUAAAAUUCUUCAUCUCGUUAACAUCAUCGAUGAAAUGACACAGAAAACUGCCAUACUAACCGACGAUCUUGAACGAACUAAAAACGAACUGGAAGAUAAGCAAAACACAAUAAAUCAACUAGAACAAAAUAAUCAAACUUUAAAUAAUAAAUGUGAAAAACUACUCGAAGAUAAAGAUACUGAGGUCGUUCGUCUUACUUCACUGAAUAAUCAAAUCAAGGAAAGUAACGAACUGACCGUGGAAGAACAUGAAACACUAAAAAACCAAGUAGAAGAAAAGCACAAUGAAAUUCUUCGUCUUACAAUUCUCAUUGAAGAGAUGAAAGCACAGAAUUUGUCGAGUAUUGAGCAACAAGAAUUAGUUAGAAAACUACUUGAAGAAAAACAAAAUGAAAUCGUUCAACUUACAGCUAAUAUAGAUGAAAUACGAACAACAACAGCCGAUCAAAGCGAACAGUUAAAGCAAACUAUUGAAAUUCUCAAAGAAUCACAAAUUAUUGAUCAACAAUUAAUUGAGCAAGCAAACAGAGAAAUCGAAACACUUAAAAAAAAUCUUUCCGAUGAACAAUCCAAUUCUGCUGCCUUAAAACACGCACAAGAAUCCCACGUCGAACAAUUAACUAUUGAACACGAGCAAUUAAUUGAAAAUCUAAAAUUUGAAUACGUUUCAAUGACUAAUGAAAAAAUAGAAGAAAUUGAUAGUCUUCAUCAGCAAAUAUCAUUUCAACGUUCUCGAUCGGAUUCUCAUCAAGACACUAUUGAACAAUUACGCAAAGAACUUCACGAAUACGAAAAAAACGUUUCUCAACAAAAUGCUCAACUUGAUCAUUUACUUGAUGAACAAAAACAACGAACAGAAUCAAUAGCACGUUUAAAAAAUAUUCUCAACGUUGAUGCAACAGAUCACGAUGAUCUAUUGGAACAAUUGAUACACAAAAUGGAACAAUAUCAAUUGUUAAUAAGUGAAUCCGAACGUUUAAACAAUGACUUAACUCAACAAAAAUCUGAACAAUCACAUCUUCAUAAUGAACUACAACAAUUAGAACAACAAUUUGAUGAUAUGAAAGAUGAGUUAAAUAGAAAUAAACAAGAAUUAGCACAAGAUAAACAAAAAUAUGAAAAUCAAUUAAAUCAACUAAAUCAAACCUACGAAACUUUACAAAAAGACAAACGUGCACUUGAAGUUCAAUUCGAAAAUAUUCAAACUCAAUUCAACGAGAAAACAAAUCAAUGCGAUGAACUUGAAGCUAAUUUUAAGAAAACGUUUAUUGAAAAAGAUGAACAAACAUUAAAAUAUCAACAAGAUUUUAAUCAACUACAAACUUUUAAUGAAGACCUUCGACGAGAAUCAAAUGAUUUACAUGAUGAAGUAAAAUCGAAAACAAAUGAAAUUCUUUCAUUACAAGCAAAUAUCGAUAGAAUCCAACAAAUAUUACAAUCAAAAGUUGAUCAAAUCGAACAGCUUUCACAAGACAAAACUUCUUUAGCCGAAGACAAUAAUCAAAAAGAACAGCUUGUAUCUGAACACAAACAUCUAAUUGAAAUACAUGCAGUGCUAGAAGAAAAAUUUAAUCAUCUUCUAUCUGAAAAAGCUAGAUUAGAAAAUCAAUUAGAUACAAUUAGAAUACAAAUGCAAACAACAGAAUCGAAUGCAAGUAAAACAGAACAAGAAGUGAUUAAUAAACUUCAACAAGCUGAAAAACGAAUUCAAGAAAUUCAGAUUGAACACGACUCGGUUCAAGCAGAAAAGAACUCAUUACAACAUCAAAUCGUUUCAUUGCGAACUACCAAUGAAGAAAAUACUCGUCGUAUAGCUGAAUUUGAUUGUCAAAGAUCAAUUUUUGAACAGGAAAGUAUUGAAAAAGAUCGACAAAUAACAGAACGUGAUGAACAAAUUCAAGAACUGCAAUCGACCCUCACACAAACUCAAGAAAACGGAACUAAAUUACGUAAAGCAUUACAUAAAAUGAAAGAAACUUUGACGAAUAAUGACCAAACACGUACUCAGGAAUCAGAAAUUCGUUUGCGUAUACUUACUGAAGAAUAUGAACAGAAACUGAAAGAGCAACAAGAAGAAUAUAGCACAAGUUUGAAAUCGAUAACUAAAGAAUUGAAUUCACAGAUAGAAGAAAAAGAACAACAAUUCAAUCAACAACGUCAAGAAUUAAUCAAUAAAAGUUAUCAAAAUGAAGAUAAUAUAAAACAAAAAAUUAUCGAGGCGGAACAACGAGCAACAGCUGCUGAAGAGCAAUUACAAGCAAAACAAACGGAUACUAGUAUUGUACAAGAACUCGAAUCUCAAAUUAUUAAUCUUCAACAACAACUCGAAAGUCUAAGCAAUAGAGAAGCUGAUUCUGUUCGAACAACGGAUUUCGCCGCUCAAACGAGUAUUGAAGAUCCGAGAUUGAUUUCGUCGCAUGCUAGUUCAACUGAUAGUUUACAUACUUUUAUGUUCGAACCUACUGAAAUCGAUUAUUUAAAACAAAUUGUUUUUGCUUAUAUGACAGGAACUGAUCGAAUGACCAUGAUCAAAGUCAUUUGUGCACUUCUGCGUUAUACUGAUGAUGAAAAAUCAUUGAUCAUAGAUCACGAGAAACUUCGUCAGAGUCGGUGGCUAAAAACAUCAAGAUAA